AUUUCCAUUUGUAUAUAUCUGUUGGUGGAGGAAUGCUUGUUACCUACUCCUUUUUAUAGCUUCCUUCCACUCUCUCCAAAAAAAAACACACAGUGGAGGAAGGAAAAAAAAUAUAUGGAGAAACACAAGACAUGUAAGCUGUGUUCAAGAAAGUUUGCUAAUGGAAGAGCUUUAGGUGGGCAUAUGAGAUCUCAUAUGAUGAAUUUACAUAUAGAAGAAAAAAAGAUUAAUGAUGAAACAGAGUCAAUUCCAUCAUCUUCGUGGUACUCUGAAGAAGAAGGCAAAAUCUUGAAUUUAGAUGAUGCUGUUGUUGCGGAUGAUGGUGAUGGUGAUGAAUCGGUUGUUGUUCUUCCAGAUAAGGAGAGCGAGACCGAGUCAUCGAAAAACCCAACUCGUUUCAAAAGAUCCAAAAGGGUAAGGAAAUCAAGAAAACCCAAUUUUGUGAAGAUAACAGAGUAUUACUCAUCAGUGGUUGAAACAGAGCCGGUGAGUUCAAUUUCAGAGAAUUCACCAGAAGAAGAUGUAGCACAUUGCUUGAUGAUGUUAUCUAGAGAUAAAUGGAUUAAAAAAGAACAAGCUGAUUGCUACUCUGAUGAUGAUGAUGAUGAAGAAGACGAAGAAUUUAAAGAGGAAAAUUCCGAGGAUUCUGCAGAAGGAGUACAAGUUAAAGUAACUACAAAGACUAGAGGAAGAGGUAAGUAUAGAUGUGAAACAUGUAACAAAGUUUUCCGGUCUUAUCAAGCAUUAGGAGGACACAGAGCAAGUCACAAGAAGAUUAAAGUAUCAAAUGAAGUUGUGGAAAGUGGAAGGAAUAAUAAUGUAGUAGUUGAAGAGAAAAUACAUGAAUGUCCUGUUUGUUGCAGAGUUUUUUCAUCAGGGCAAGCUUUAGGUGGACACAAGAGAUCACAUACUAUUGGUGCUGCGGUUACAACAAGUGUUAAUGUUCUUCCUCCUCCUCCUCCUCCUGCUACUGAUGUUUCGUCUACAAAAUUAGAACUUUCAAGAACUGGUGGAACAAGUUUAAUAGAUCUUAAUUUUCCUCCUCCAAUGGAAGAUGAUGAUGAAAUUAUUAGCCAAGUUGAAGUUUCUGCAGUUUCUGAUGCUGAAUUUGUCAACCCCAUCAAGAAUCAGAGGUAAAGUUUUGGUCUUUUUUUUUUCUUCUUAAUUUUUAGAGGCUUUAGGAAAAGGGAUCAGGGGAUUAUGGAUCUAAGUUAAAAUUUUCUUGGGGAAGUUGGGUUAGCUUUUACUCAUUCAAUAGUUUUGACUGUAAUUCAUAUUUACUGUUGAGAUUGUUCUGUUAAUGUUGAAUGUAACAGCUGAUUUUACUGAUAGA